AUGGCAAUUGUGUUUGCCAUAGGUUCCGGCAAUAUAUGGCAUUUCCCAUUGUUAUGUUUGAAACAGGGAGGAGUUGGCUUCAUCAUUCAGUACUCCAUAUGUUUCUGUUUCAUUGCCAUUCCUACACUCUAUAUGGAAUUGGCUAUAGCUCAGUUUUGUUCGAGAUCCUCAUACUUCAUUUACCAUUCUAUGGCUCCGGUUUUUGGAGGCAUCACUGCCGCAAUAGCUCUGAUACAAACCGUCCGAACCGUCACGUCAACAACAUGGGCUUCCCAUUCGUUGUUGCUCUUCUUCAAAUCGGCUCUUGCAGGAAUUACAUUCAAUGAUUUGCCGUGGAAAACAUGCGACUUGAGCAAAGGAGACUGCUAUGAUCCUAAUAGAGAAGAGUUUUGUGUUGACUCACCAGAGUCGAAAAACUGCACAGGAAUGAUUCGAUCGUUGUUUCGAACCAGAUCUAAUUUCAAGAAAAUCACACCAUUUGAAUCAUACAUAGUCGAAAUGCUUUCGGCAGAAAGUUUCACUCCUGAAAACUUUGUGACAAUACUUUCGGGGAUCGUAAUUUGGACGACAUGUGCUUAUGCUGCUUAUAAAGGAUUCCCAGUGCUGAGUAGAGCAGCUCGUCCGGUUCUUUAUAUAUCUUUUGCCAUAUACUCUGCUCUAUUUGUAGUUGGUGUCUCUUUGCCACAGGCAGAUAACGGCUUGAUUGAACUGUUCAAUAAGUUCUCAUUUCGAACAUUCUUCUCAUUGGACUCAUGGGCAGAUGCGGCAUCUCAAGCCGUUUUUACCUUGAAUCUAGGAUGCGGUGGGAUGCUUUUGAUAUGUUCUUAUCGCGGCUUCCACCGCCCUCAUAAACGUGAUAUUCUUCGAAUAUCUUUCGUAUCUUAUAUAUUCCAAAUUAUUAUCACAAUGUCACUGUAUACAAUCGCUGCUUACUAUUCAGCUAUCGUAUAUCCCCAAUUCGAGAAUGACGCAGGAAUUUCUAUGGUUAUUACAAAAGUUGGAUAUGUUCAAUCAGUUAUUCCCGAAACUUUGACACGAUUACGUAGAGGAUUGCUGUAUUGCCCAAUCUUUUUCUUAGCAGAAUUGAUAUUAUCUUUGAACACUGCGGCUCUGAACUUAUGGAUUUUAUUAAAAAUAUUCAUCGAUCGGUAUGAAGUUAGUGCAGCUCAAUACUCAGAGAAGUAUAGUCUUGGAACCGUAAUUGUCUUCAGCUGUUGUGGAUUCAUUUUGAGUAACUUCUUCUCGCUCACUAAUAGCCUAGAUGGAUUACAUUAUGUAGACUAUUUCAUUGCUGCUUCCACUAUGAUUGUUGUACUUUUUGAAAUCAUCAUUAUAAGUUAUGUUUACGGGUUUCGAAGGUUCAUUGUAAAUAUAAGGGCAAUGAAUGGAACUAGGGUAAUUGUGAACGUUUUUUGGCUGUGCAAUUGGCUGUUUAUUUCACCACUUGUAAUCUCUUCAUGUAUCUUACUGGAAAUAUUAUCCUUGAUAUUCGUACCCAUAGCAAUACCAUUACCGGUGUUUCUAAUUUGUUUAUCAUUCAACAUCAUAGUGUUCCUUCUCGUUGUUGUGUAUGCUGUUGUAUACAACGUCAAACGAAUCAAGAGAUAUGAGUACUUCUAUUCCAUGUUUGAGCCACGCUUUGACUGGAAGCCACUGCUGAAAUCUCAUGCGGAUAAAGCACGGAAGUUGGAAAAAGCAUUGAGAAUACGAUAA